AUGGGGCAAACAGUCUCAACCCCUCUGAGUCUGACUUUGAAACACUGGACUGAUGUGAAAUCCAGAGCUGAUGGUCUGUCUGUGCCAAUUAAAAAGAAUAAAUGGGUAACACUUUGUUCUGAGGAGUGGCCGGCUUUUCAACUCGGAUGGCCUGCUGAUGGCACCUCCUCUCUGCCACUGAUCACGGCAGUGAAAAGGAAAAUUUUCAAUUCUGAACAUCUCACAGAACAAACAUUUUAUAUUAUUGUCUGGGAAGACUUAGUCACGGAUCCUCCUUCCUGGGUCCGUCCCUUUGUUCCUUUAACAGGUCCAGCGGCUGUGUUUACUCUCCAAGGAGCAAAAAGGAAACCGGAGAUAUUGCCGUCCACUGACCCGGACUGGCUUCUUUCUGACCCUCCUCCCCAGCCUCCUCCUUUCAGAUCGCAGGCAGCCCAACCAUCUGCUCCACCGGAUGAGGGCCCACCAGAGACUGAACCAGAGGGGGGGCCUGCUCAAGGGACACGCAGUAAACAAGUAGCCCCUCCAGAUGCUGUUCCUAUUUUCCCCCUGUGGGCUUAUGGCCCCCCUGAUGAAGAAGGCAAUCAGCCCUUACAGUAUUGGCCUUUCUCUUCCUGUGAUCUUUACAAUUGGAAAUUUCAGAAUCCCCCUUUCUCUGAAAACCCCCAAGGUCUCAUUAACCUUGUAGAAUCUCUCCUCUUUACUCAUCAGCCCACCUGGGAUGAUUGCCAGCAGCUUCUACAGGUCCUGUUCACCACAGAGGAGAGACAACGAAUCCUCCUUGAGGCUCGAAAGAAUGUGCCAGGGGCUGACGGGCGACCUACUCUCCUUCCUGAUGUCAUAGAUGCAGGGUUCCCGUUGAUCAGACCCACCUGGGACUUUAAUUUGGCUGAAGGUAGGGAGCACCUAAAAGUCUAUCGCCAGGCUCUAAUGGCAGGUCUCAGAGGGGCAGCAAAAUGCCCCACUAAUUUGACUAAGGUGAGAGAAAUAACUCAGGGGUCCGAUGAGUCUCCAUCAGCAUUUCUAGAAAGACUCAUGGAGGCAUUCCGUCGGUUUACCCCAUAUGACCCUGGUAGUGAAGAGCAUAAGGCAACAGUGACGGUUGCCUUUAUUGAUCAGUCUAGCAGAGACAUCAGAAAGAAGCUGCAAAAGCUCGAAGGGUUGCAAGAUAAGUCAUUAAGAGAAUUAGUGCAGAAAAAGUCUUGGGUACAAGGGGCUACAGGGAACAAACAGUACCCAAGGACUACCUGAAGAACAGUGGACCUAGGCGUGGGCCAGGUAUCCCACUCGUUCAUAGUUAUUCCUGAAUGCCCCUACUCAUUGCUGGGAAGAGAUCUCCUCACCAAAAUGGGUGCACAAAUUCAUUUUGACCCCAAGGGACCUCGAGUGCUAGACCAGCAAGGAAAGCCUCUCCAGGUAUUAACCCUCAGGUUAGAAGAUGAAUACCAAUUGUUUGAAGAGCAUGGCCAGGAGACUGGACAGAUGGACUGGUGGUUAGAAAACUAUCCUCAGGUGUGGGCAGAAACAGCGGGAAUAGGAAAAGCUAAAAAUCGGCCCCUCGUCCACGUAGAAUUAAAGGCUCAAGCCAGCCCUAUAGCUGUCCGACAAUACCCAAUGUCCCGAGAAGCAUGUGAGGGCAUCCGACCCCACAUUGCCCACUUGCUCCAGCUGGGAAUCCUACGAAAGUGCCAAUCAGCGUAGAACACGCCCUUGCUGCCAGUUCAGAAGCCUGGGACUAAUGACUAUCAACUGGUCCAAGACCUCCGAGAGGUAAAUAAACGCGUGGCCGAUCUCCAUGCCACCGUCCCUAAUCCCUAUAAUCUUUUGAGUUCUUUACCUCCAGACAGGACCUGGUAUUCAGUACUGGAUCUUAAGGAUGCAUUCUUUUGUUUACCGCUGACUGUACAAAGUCAGGAUUACUUUGCUUUCGAGUGGAAAGAUCCAGAGACUGGCCUAGCGGGGCAACUCACUUGGACACGCCUGCCACAAGGAUUCAAAAACUCGCCCACCAUCUUCAACGAGGCUCUGCACCAGGACUUGGCGAUGUUCUGGGCCUCUAACCCCCAGGUAACUCUGUUACAGUAUGUGGAUGAUCUCCUCCUGGCAGCGGCCAACGAAGAGCUAUGUCUAGAAGGAACAAAGCGACUCCUUACAGAGUUGGGAGAACAGGGCUAUCGAGCCUCCGCCAAAAAGGCCCAGAUCUGCAAGCAACAGGUCAGUUACCUGGGGUACCUUCUUAAAGAUGGGAAAAGAUGGUUGUCUGAGGCCAGAAAAGAGACAGUAUUCCACAUCCCGCCACCCUCUAAGCAAAGGCAAGUCAGAGAAUUCUUAGGUACUGCUGGGUUUUGCCACCUGUGGAUACCUGGUUUUGCUGAGAUGGCAGCCCCAUUAUAUCCCCUCACUAAAAACAAUCAGCCCUUCAAAUGGGGAAAGGAAGAACAACAGGCUUUUGACAAUAUUAAAACAGCCUUAAUGUCUGCACCAGCCUUAGGACUCCCUGACGUAACUAAGCCUUUCCACCUGUAUGUGGCAGAAAAUAAGGGAAUUGCAAAAGGGGUCCUAACUCAGAGACUGGGGCCCUGGAAAAGACCGGUAGCAUAUCUGUCCAAAAAAUUAGACCCAGUAGCCGCAGGGUGGCCAGCCUGUCUGAAAAUCGUAGCGGCAGUCGCCAUCCUAGUAAAGGAUGCUGACAAAUUGACUAUGGGGCAGAGUUUAGUAAUCUCAGCACGGCAUGCCUUAGAGAGUGUUGUCCGCCAGCCCCCCGACCGCUGGCUCACAAAUGCUCGCAUGACUCACUAUCAGACUCUGUUACUGAACUCAGACCGGGUUACUUUUGCUCCGCUGGCAAGUUUAAAUCCAGCCACACUGCUGCCAGACCCUGACCUCGACCCCCCCAUCCAUAACUGCCAACAACUGCUUGCUGAGGCACAUGGAUGGCGGAAAGACUUGUCAGAUUAGCCUCUGACGGAUGCUGAAGCCACCUCGUUCAUGGACAGCAGCAGUUUUCUGGAAGAAGGAGUUCGGAAAGCAGGAGCUGCUAUAGUGGACGGCCGGAAUCUGUUAUGGGCACAGACUUUACCUGCUGGGAUGUCUGCCCAGAAGGCAGAACUCAUCGCCCUCACAAAAGCCCUUGAACUGGGAGAGGGCAAAAGAAUCAUCAUCUAUACGGACAGCAGGUGUGCCUUUGCCAGCCAUGUGCACGGCGCUAUCUAUCAACAGUGGGGUCUGCUGACCUCAGGAGGAAAGAUCAAAAACAAAGAAGAGAUCGUAGCCCUGCUGGAGGCCCUUCACCAACCACUAAAAGUGAGUAUUAUACACUGCCCAGGUCACCAGAAAGGGGAUUCCCCUGUUGCCAAGGGAAACAACUUGGCCGACUCUGAAGCAAGGGUGGCAGCCAGAAGGCCUAUGCCUGUUCUGUUAGUUGACAUCCCUAAGGACUCUAACAACCACUUUGAUCAAGAAAAAGGGCGCUGGUAUGCAGCAUCAGGCAAGCCUAUCUUGCCACAAGAACAAGCACGCAUCAUGGUUAAACAGAUGCAUCAAUGGACUCAUCUGGGAUUAGAUAAAUUAGUCCAGACUGCCCUAAAAACCAAAUAUCAUAUGAUGGGGCUAAAAUUAGUAGAACAAAUAGUUAAAAGCUGUGUACCUUGUCAAAGAGUGAAUGUCUGCAAGAAUACAGCGGGCCCUGGUAAAAGACUCAGGGGAGACAGACCAGGGGUAUAUUGGGAAGUAGACUUUACAGAGAUUAAACCGGGCAGAUAUGGUUACAAGUAUCUCCUAGUUUUUAUAGACACCUUCUCCGGAUGGGUGGAAGCCUUCCCGACGAAACAAGAAACAGCCACAGUCGUGGUCAAGAAGAUCCUAGAAGAAAUCCUUCCACAGUUCGGGGUGCCCAAGGUAAUCGGGUUCGACAAUGGACCCACCUUCGUCACCAAGGUGAGUCAGGGAGUGGCCAGACAACUAAGGGUCAAUUGGAAAUUACGUUGCAUUUACAGACCCCAGAGUUCAGGACAGGUAGAAAGGAUGAACAGGACUCUAAAAGAGACUCUGGCUAAGUUAACCAUAGAGACUGGUGUGGACUGGGUGUUGCUCCUUCCCUUAGCCUUGUUCAGAGUUAGGAACACCCCCUCCCGGUUCAACCUGACCCCCUUUGAGAUACUCUAUGGUGCCCCCACCCCCUUGACUUUACUGGGGGACGCCUUUGAACCCACUUGCCACAGUAACAGUGACUUAUAUGCCAGGUUGAAAGGACUUCAAGUAGUACAUAAGGAAGUUUGGGUGCAGUUGGCAGCCGCUUAUGAGCCCGGGACCCCCAAGGUUUCUCAUCAGUUCCAGGUUGGGGACACAGUCUACGUCAGACGACACUGUUCCCAGACCCUGGAGCCUCGCUGGAAAGGACCUUACUUGGUGCUUCUAACAACCCCAACGGCCGUGAAGGUAGACGGAAUCUCCGCUUGGGUCCACGCCUCCCACGUGAAACCUGCGCCGCCAGAGGACCAAAGACCAGAGAGCAUCACCUGGAGAGUCCAGAGUGCUGCAGAGCACCCCUUAAGACUGAAAAUUAGAAGAAAAAAAAAUCAGACUCUCUUUCUCAUGGUCUUAGCUAAGCGAGUCACUCCGGCGGGCAUAGGAUUUGUGCCUAGGGCACGGGUCUUACACUUAUUGAUUGCGGAGGGAGCGGGCAGCGCACAUUCCACAGCCAAAGCUUGGAAGACCGAGUCAGCGCUAGCGCAGGGACCUCGUCCAAAGGGCUCCAGGGGCCUGAGCGUGAGGCACGGCCGGAAGCGAGGCCCCGGCAGGCCUGACGCCGCGUCACGCUGUCGGCUGCUCUGGCACCGGUGCGCUGGGGGGAGUCACCCCGGAGCGAGCGGGCUCUGGGACAGCUCCGCUUACGUACUGCACGUGGCCCUUGAAUGCGAGCUCGCGGCCCAGGUUCGGGACCCCAGCGGGAAGCGGACCGAUGCUGUGACUUUCUUUGAGCGGCAAAGAGAUGUAACAGUCACCUAG